AUGCUUCUAGCUUCGACCUUGACCUUGGAGCAGGCAUUCCGAUCACAGAAAAAAGAUAAAAACGACGGCGACGUACAUCUCUCUAGGUCGGUCCAUGAGGGUGCCACAGUAGUCGAGGUGAGACGAGAGAAUCACCCACCCACCAAGACAAGACAAGACAAGAAAAAAGUUAUCAAGAUAUAUGAGGCGUCGAACCAGCGGGGUGGAAUCCGGGAGACACAGUUGGAAGAUGUCUCAAGAGGGCUAAAAUCGGGUAUUUUGCUUUCCCCUCCUGCUGCUGCUGCUGCUGCUGCUGCUGUCUUGAGACGAGACAGACCACCAGCCGCAGCCCGUAUGUAUGAAUCUUUGGCCAAGAAUCAUCUGAAUCUAAUUUAUUCUCUGAAGAUAGAAAAGGGGGGAACGAUGGAACUAUGGACUACGGUCCUUAUGAGAAAGAAAAUGGCAUUGGAUAUUAAACCAAUAAACAAACUAUAUAAAGAAGAUUGGAUAUGCUGCAUAUGCAAAGAAGCAAUAAAAUCGAAUCCUAAAAGCUUUGAUGUCAGUUUAACGGUAAGAACCCCGGAAGCCUCCCCCGAGAAGGGCGCCGGGCAGGGUUGCACACAACUCACGCCCGCGAGGGUUGGCAGGGAGCAACGUUACAUCAGCAGGAACUUUUUCAUCCGGUCUUGCGAAUACCGCGUACCAGCCUGUUUUUGGGACGUAUCCACGGAUGGCCAACUGAAACGCCUGAAACGCCUGGAAUGCCUGGAUAUCCCGGCCAGGGUUACAGCAGGGCGUGCCCAUCCCCCCCCCCACAGGGGUGUCAUCGCCCGGGGGCUGCAGCGGCUGUGGCGGGGCCGGUGUGCACACUGGGGACUGGGCAUUGGGCAGCAGCAACAAGUCCCGGCAACCGCCCCCCAGCAGGCACGCGAUCAGCGCCAGGCUCGCGGGGGUGAAUCUGGCCCGGACACUGCGGCAUUGACACUAGACAUUGGACACUCAGGUCCAGCAACCAGCUCCAGCUCUCGCUACAAUUUCGGCCGGAAGUCAACCUUGAUUUCCACUCUGGAUGUCACCUUUGCUUCAACUCAACUUAACUCGACUCGACUCCACCCCACCCCGCCGCGGCGGCCGCCGCCGCAGGACUCUGUAGCGCUUGGCCACAGCCACUCCAUGGCAGCAGAUCCACAGCCAGCAGCAAGUGGCGCGGAGACAGCUGCUUCUGCUCACCAACUGCCCUGCGAAGUUGCGAUCCCUCGACGGACCCUCGUUGAAACACGCUCGCCUGGCCACUACCCUUCCUCCAAGCUGCCAGGCCUGUUCUUCCCUGCCCCGCCUCCAUCUGCCUGGGGGAGCGUGCAUCGUUUCACUCCCAGGUACCACUCGCUCGCUCGCUCGCCGCCAGCUGCCAGACACAGCACAACACGACCCUCCGGGUUUGCCGAACUUAAACCUGGCCUUCCACUCGUCAAUCUUCUCCAGUGGGCCAAUCUUCUUCAGUGA